AUGCAUCCGAACCGACAAAAAACGAUAGUUUUCGUCUCUUUUUUCAUAUUGAAUUGGUUAUUGUUUCAUCAACUGAGAAGAGUCAAAAUUAUUGAAAGAAAUUUCAUUUUACAGGGAGCUGUAAACAAAAGUUUAAAACUAUCUAAUGCUUGUAUUGUACCAUAUUGGAACCAAGUAACGACAGACGACGUUACCCAUUCAGACGAGUUUAAAAAAUGGAGAGCGACGGGUUUUGGAGACACUAACAAUUUGAUUGAUGCCGAAUCUCGACUUCUUUCUGCAUUCGUCUAUCCUGAAGAGAUAUCCAUUAUCACUACGGCACUUUAUACGUUUGGAAAACCGGCAACAUGCCGAUACUACGAUUGCAAUAGAAUUGAAAUUCACUCUGCCAGAUUCAAAUCAGUGGUUUGGCCGUUAUCAGUUAUCACUUGUCCACGAAGACUUGGAAUUGAGUAUGUUAGCGUUAGCUUUGAAGAUGAGGAAGAAGAAGAUAAUCAAGUGAUAAGAGAACCAAUUCCAUUGGUUUUCAGGGCCUAUGAAAAACCAAUUCAUGAAAUAUCAGUUUGUGUUGGUCCUCUGUAUGGAAACGAAAGUAAAUGGCUGGAAACUAUAGAAUACGUGGAGCAUUACAGACUUCUGGGAGCCACAUUCUUCUAUUUCAAUUUGUUCAACAUGAAUGAUUAUGAUCGGAAAAUCAUAGAUGAUUAUGAGCGAUUGGGACUUGCAGAAUCCACAAAAUAUGUUACGGAAUAUUUGAGAGUGGGAUGGAUGUCUCAUCUUCUACAGACUCAUGAGUGUCAUCAUAGAAGUAAAUUCCAUUCGAAAUGGGUCAUCAACAUGGAUAUAGAUGAAAGAUUGGUUUACACAGGACCGUUCAAUCUGAAGCAUUAUUUGAAAUCAAUGCCUCCAAACAUUGGAGAAAUCAGUUUCUCAACGAAUCGAGUUUUGAAAACCGAGAAAAUCCCCGAGAAGUACACAUCAGAAGCUAAACUUUUAUCGGAUAUGAUGUUUAUAAAAUACAACAAAACAACUGAAAUCAGUUGGUACAAUUUGAAGGGAGUCAUUCGUCCCGAACUGGUUGCUUCUUUGUUUUUUCACUGGUCUUUUUUUCAAUUUGAAGGAGUCAAAGUGAUGUCUGUUCCUAAAAGAUUCGGACAUGUGAGGCAUUAUCGAAAUGUUGAUGGUUCUGCAUUGAAUGGAAAUUGGAUGGAUUUUUAUAAUGGAACCCUUCGAGAAACUCGAUUGGCUUCUUCUUUUGAGAAAAAACUAGCGAAAGCAGUGAGAAAAAGAGUGAAAUAUGUCUAUGAUCAGAGGAUGAUUCGAUGUGAAGAAAUUCCGAAUUGGGUUACUGUACGAUACAGAAGAGAACUUCUGGAUUGUAAAUUCAAAAUCUCGAAAUUUCUGGAAUUCAAAAUCCCAGAGUUACAGAAUUUCAGAGUUUCAAUACCUAAGAAUCUCAGAAUUUCAGAAUUGCAAAUUUUUAGAAUUUCAGAAUCUCAGACUUUCAGAUUUUCCAAAUCCCAGAACUUCAGAAACCCAGAAACUCGGAAUCUCAGAAUCUCAGACUUUCAGAUUUUCCAAAUCCCAGAACUUCAGAAACCCAGAAACUCGGAAUCUCAGAAUCUCAGAAUCUCAAAAUUUCAGAAUCUUGGAUUUUCAGACUUUCAGAAUUACAAAAAUCCCAUCCCGAAAUAUCAAAAAUUCAAAAGUCCAAUUUCCCGGAAUCACAAUCUCAGAAUUUCAGAAAUUCAGAAUUUCAGAAUCUCACGAAGAGGUCAAAGUUUUUAG